CCUUGGGUGAAGGUUCACAGCGGUGACACUGGUACUUUAGCUGUCUGCCACUGCACAGUUUCAGCAAUAAUGUCUGGUCGUGUCCUCGUCGGUGUUAAGCGUGUCAUUGACUACGCUGUAAAGAUUCGCGUGAAGCCGGACAACACCAGCGUGGUGACGGAUGGCGUUAAGCACUCAAUGAACCCCUUCUGUGAGAUCGCUGUGGAGGAGGCGGUCAAGAUGAAGGAGAAGAAGCUCAUUAAGGAGGUUGUGGCUGUCAGCUGCGGGCCACAGCAAGCACAGGAGACCAUCCGUACCGCCCUCGCCAUGGGAGCAGACCGUGGCAUUCAUGUGCAAGUGACCGGGAAGGACUAUGAAACCCUGGGACCCCUGCAGGUCUCCAAGAUCAUGGCUGCUUUGGCCAAGAAGGAGGAUGCUCAACUCAUCAUCCUUGGCAAACAGGCCAUCGAUGAUGACUGCAAUCAGACUGGCCAGAUGACUGCAGCCUUACUGGACUGGCCUCAGGGUACCUUUGCAUCAGAGGUGUCACUGGAAGGAGACAAACUGAAAGUGGUGAGAGAAAUCGAUGGCGGCCUGGAAACUAUUAAGAUCAACACACCAGCAGUGCUUACCGCAGACCUUCGACUAAACACCCCCAGAUAUGCCACCCUGCCCAACAUCAUGAAAGCCAAGAAGAAGAAGAUCGCUAAUGUGAACCCUGCAGACUUGGGGGUGGACAUCACGUCACGGUUGGAGGUGUUGAGAGUGGAUGAGCCUCCGCAGAGACAGGCUGGAGUGAAGGUGGAGACGGUGGAAGACCUAGUGAGCAAACUUAAGGAGACAGGGACGGUAUAGAGGCUUUAGGAGCAGGAGCAGAGGAGCGCAGAACUUGGCAGAAGGGACUCUGAAAUGAAUAACUGGACUGUACUGCAUAAGCACACCCCGAGGACUGGCUUAUGUGUUGGUCUAAUCCCUCUGUUUGAGACUGUGGCUUCUGAGGCACGGAGGUACCGACAGGGGAGGAGGAGUACUGAGAAACACUGUCCUGCAGCAGACAACCCCAAAAGGAUCAUCUUGUCUUUCAUGUGCAUUUAAACCUACACUCAUCUGUAUUAUAGGCUUCUAAUCUGAUUUAGAUAAACUGUCUUUAUGCAAUAAUUUAAACCCAGAAAUCACUACUCAUGCUGCUGUUUGCAUCACACUGUACACCACCAGUACGAGGCAUUACACCAACAGUUACCUGGCUCAGCUGUUUAAUCUUGUCUGUAGUCACACAUGUUAAGAGGUGCAGUUUUUGUAAAUGAUAUAUGUAAAUAUGGACCCAAACAUGUUGAGAUGAUUAUGUCCUCCCAGAUUAGUGCCGUGUCUGAUGGUAAUUUGUGUAAAUUUGUGGGUUUCAGGACAGCUUCGACAGUGUCUCUCAGUAAGACGAUCACACAUCUGAAUUUUACCAUAAGCGCCUCAUUUGUCUGUUGAUUGUACAGGACAUUACAUGACAAUAAAGCAGCCAGUCUUUUUCAUAUCUAAAUA